AUGACUUCAACAAAUUUAUCUCCAGCUGCGCCUACCACAGUAUCAGCUGGAAUAAUACGAUCCAAUGCCGAUGUGAAUUUAUUUGAAUUUCGUGGAAUUAUUGAACAAGAGUUAGGCAAACACUUUUUGCCAAGUGACUAUGUAUUUUGUAAACAAGUUGGGCAUUCGAUUGGUCGAAUUCAGUCGAAUCAGGAGAAGUUGUUUAAAAUCGACGAAUUCCUUCCACCUAAAUCUGAACUACCUGAGAUUUAUGUAAUAGAUCGCCAAGCUGUAAAUGAAAACCAACCACUUUAUAAUGAUGCAUCUCAAGCCCCUCAAUCACAACAAAAGAAUCCACAAAAUCAAGUAAAUAUUGUGCCGGUCACUCCAUCUGGUGAAACAAGACCAUCAUCAGUGACUUUUAAAGUAGAUGACUCCCAAAAGGAUGUACCUAAAUAUCAACCAAAUCCUCCUUCGACAUUGCACCAAACACCACAAAGGCAGAUGAUGUCACCAGUGAGUGAAUCCAAUACGUCAACAACUGUUCAGCAGCAAUCACAGCUACAGCAGAACUGGCAACAACAACAACAACAACAACAGCAAAAUAUCAGUAGACCAAGUUCUCACUAUGAGCAAAGACCUUCUGUGACUCCGACUGUUAGUUUACCAGUCAUUUCAUCACCAAUUAUGUCGACAACUGAUCCAUCUAAUGGGAAAACUUCACAGGAAUUAAUUCCAGUGUCCAAUGAAAUUAAUAUUGUCCAGUCAACACCUAUUUUGCAUACUGGCGAUGCUGGUUUAGACACAAUUUCAGCAGCAAUUGGUCAUCAAAAAGAUAUUUUACAACGGUUAGAAUAUGAGCAGCAAAAGCGUAUCUUACAAAUGCAAGCUGAAGCUGAAGAACGUCGUCGUCGUGAAGCUGAACAGUAUGCACGAGAAUUGGCUAAAAAUGCUGACCAUUCAAAACGUAUGGAAGAAUUGGAGAAAGAAUUGCGAAGAUGGAGUGAUGAAGCCAGACAAACAAGAGAGCGUCUAGAUCAGUUACGAGAAGCUUGGGAAACUUCACUUAAAUCAAAACAGGAAGAAAUUACUACUUUGAAACAAGGUCUGGAAAUGAUGAAAAAAAGCAGAGAUGCAUUAGAUGGCAAACCUACAGCCCGAGAAAUAGCUGCACAAACAGAAAUACAUCAACUUCAAAUCCAACUAACAGAAAUGAAACAGAAGUAUAACCAAGUAAGGGAAGAAUUAGAAGAAAGACGAAAGGCUGCUGAUGCCAGAAUGGAUGCAGUAGGAGGUGAAAUAAAAGAUUUAAGACGUAAAAUGUCCGAUAUGCAUGCGACAAUGCGGGAGCCUAAACCUGUAAAGAUCACAGUCAAUUCACAGCCUAAAUCCGUGUGUGAUGUUGGAACAGAAGCAUCAGAAGUUGUAGUCAAGAGGUCGCCACCACCACCGCCAAAAAUUAGAAUCCGAAAACGCCAAGUUCAAAUGGAUUCAGACGAUGAUCUGGACCAACUUCACCGUCUGAGGCGUCUUCGAUUGGCUGCUGAAAAACGAAGAAUUGAACUGGUUAAACGUUUACAUAGUUUAUAUGUAAGCUUAGGAACCAGACGAACACAAGCUCGAGAUGAAUGGAAACGUCGUUAUUAUUCCGCUAAAAAACAAGCUCCAAAUCUUGAGUCAAGGAUGAAUGGGCACAGAGGUGACCUUGAAUCUCUAAUCAGAAGAUCAAUUACUACACUGAAACACAUUGGCAUAGACUCUGCAGAGACUCAGCAUCUCGCUGAACUAAUGGAGAAACGAAGGGAAGUAACAAAAGAAGAAUACAGACUAGCUGAAAUUAUGCUCAGCUUAACCAAAGCAAUCAGACUUCGAUCGCAAGCUGAAACAGAAGGUAGACUCCUUAAUGCUGAAUUAGAUCGUAGAAGAGGUGAAAUGAGCUUGGUUAAAUCCACAUCACCGAGUCGAAGAGCAUAUGCUUGUUCGUUAUCUCCUAGAAGAAGAACAGUACGUGGACCACUUGGCGUUUCUAGUCCAAAAUUUAAUAGACGAAGUACCGUAAGUUUAUAUGAAGGACAACGUAAAAGUAUGAAUUAUAAAAGUCUGUCUCGAAAUCCCACUCCCAUUGAUCAAACAUCACAAGAUUCAAGCAGUCCAGAUGAUAGCAAAGCACCAAUCAAAACGAGGAGUGUACGUAGCCCCAAAAAUGGGAUCCAAGUUCAAGGAUCAGAGGUUAGAAUAAAAACUCCAGAUUUCGAAGUUUCUGUGCAUUCUACCAAUAAUUCGCCAGAGUUAUAA